UCGUUCUCCCGAUCAGUUCCCGCGAAUUCGCGCGUCGGAUAGCAUAGCGCCUCCGAUCGUCAGUCUACCGUGCUUGCCUGCUUCAAUACUGUGCUGCCUGCGACAGAUGGAGACCGCCACCGUCGUCGUCACGCCGGCUCCGGUGUCCAUCACCCACCCACCGCAGCACAAGUUUAUGAAAUCGUCGCCGGCGAGGAAGCCGGCCAAGAAGAAGCUCGCCAGCGGCCGUGGCGGGUACGUCCUUGAGGACGUCCCGCACCUCACCGACUACCUUCCAGAGCUCAAGAGCUACCGGAAUCCCCUGCAAGAUCACCCUGCGUACUCUGUCGUCAAGCAGUACUUCGUGGGCCCGGAUGACACGGUGGCGAAGAAGAUCGUGGUGCACAGGAGCAGCGCGCGCGGGACGCACUUCCGGCGCGCCGGCCCGCGGAAGCGCGUCUACUUCGAGCCGGACGAGGUGAGGGCGGCGAUCGUCACCUGCGGCGGUCUGUGCCCGGGCCUCAACACCGUCGUCCGCGAGCUCGUGUGCGGCCUCCAUGACAUGUACGGCGUGACGAGCAUCUACGGCAUCGAGGGCGGCUACAAGGGGUUCUACGCGCGCAACACGGUGGAGCUGACGCCGCGCUCCGUGAACGACAUCCACAAACGCGGCGGCACGGUGCUGGGUACCUCCCGCGGCGGCCACGACACGGCCAAGAUCGUGAACAGCAUCCAGGAUCGCGGGAUCAACCAGGUGUACAUCAUCGGCGGCGACGGCACACAGAAGGGCGCCGCGUCCGUCCACGAGGAGGUGCAGCGCCGCGGGCUCAAGUGCGCCGUGGUCGGCGUGCCCAAGACCAUCGACAAUGACAUCGCCGUAAUCGACAGGUCGUUCGGCUUCGACAGCGCCGUGGAGGAGGCGCGGCGCGCCAUCGACGCCGCGCACGUCGAGGCCGAGAGCGCCGAGAACGGCAUCGGGGUCGUCAAGCUCAUGGGCCGGAACAGCGGCUUCAUCGCCAUGCACGCCACGCUCGCCAGCCGCGACGUGGACUGCUGCCUCAUCCCGGAGUCGCCGUUCUACCUCGACGGCAAGGGCGGCCUGCUCGAGUUCGCGGAGAAGCGCCUCCGCGACAACGGCCACAUGGUCAUCGUCGUGGCCGAGGGCGCUGGCCAGGACCUCGUCGCCGAAAGCACGCGCUUCGCUGACACCCACGACGCCUCCGGCAACAAGGCGCUGCUCGACGUCGGGCUCUGGCUCUCUCAAAAGAUCAAGGACCAUUUCAAGAAGAAGCCCAGCUUCCCCAUCACCCUCAAGUACAUCGACCCGGCGUACAUGAUCCGCGCCGUGCCGUCCAACGCUUCCGACAACGUCUACUGCACGCUGCUGGCGCACAGCGCCCUGCACGGCGCCAUGGCCGGGUACACCGGCUUCACCGUCGGGCCGGUGAACGGCAGGCAGGCCUACAUCCCUUUCUACAGGAUCACCGAGAAACAGAACAAGGUCGUCAUCACGGACCAGAUGUGGGCGCUGGUGUUGUGCUCGACGAACCAGCCGUGCUUCCUGACACACGAGGACGACGUCGAGCGGGCGUUGAUGAUGGACGAGGAGGAGCCGCACAUGCCACUGGUUGAGGGCGAGAACGCCUUGUUCGCAAACCCAUCCAUGUGCAACGGCAAUGGCCACCUCUGCAAUGGUCACAAAGCCUGAAGGCGCAGUGUCAGUUGAUUCACGUCUUAUGCAAAACCAAUGGUCCAAACGUGGUAGUGAUGUAGGUUUUUUCUUUGUAGCUUCUUUAUGUUCAUUCUUUAGUUCACGUAAGGUUACC